AUUACUUUCGGCUUGAAUAGAAUGCUUUUUCCUUAUUCUAUGUUGAUAUUUUAUAAAAGAUGUCUAGAAUACACUGUAUUACUGUUUUCCUUGUGAUUUAUGCUACUAGUGCAGCUUCAAUUUCGACGUCGGCGCCUGAAAGAAAGUUUGAAGGAACUAUAUUUGUAUCCAGUGCCUCAAUAGGAAUUUUAAUCGGACUACUUUCUGUAACAAGUGUAAUUAUCCUUUUUUGCGUAGUAUGUCGGCUAUGUAACGGAUCGGCUAGAGAAAAGGAACAAGUGAAAGAACUGUUUAAACCUGUACCAGAAUGUAAUGUUAAAGUCAAGGAACCAAAACUGAUAAAGUGGGAGAAGCCUGAAUACACCCCAUGAUUCGUAUAAAACAUAAUGCUUUGAAUACUGUUGUGCAUUAGUAUGCGAUUUAUACAUUACUGACUUUUUUUUGCAAUAUUUCAGUAUUUUUAUGUAGCUGUAACUGCUCCAGUUUUGAAGUG